CAACACUACUAUAUAACAAAUAAUUUGAGUGUAGCCGCAAGAUGCCCAACAUCAAAAUCUUUGCUGGCAACUCCCACCCCGAGCUGGCCCAGCGCAUUGCUCAGCGCCUAGGAACAGAGCCUAGCAAGGUGGUGUUAAAGAAGUUUGCAAACCAGGAAACAUGUGUUGAAAUUGGAGAGAGUGUGAGAGGAGAGGAUGUCUACAUUCUUCAAUCAGGUACUGGUUGUGGAGAGGUUAAUGAUCAUUUGAUGGAGAUGCUGAUUAUGAUCCAUGCUUGUAAGAUUGCCAGCGCAGAGAGGGUGACUGCUGUUAUUCCAUGCUACCCUUACGCUAGACAAGACAAGAAAGAUAAGAGCCGAGCACCCAUAUCCGCCAAACUGGUUGCCAACAUGUUGUCUGUUGCUGGAGCUGAUCACAUCAUCACCAUGGAUCUCCACGCUUCACAGAUACAGGGAUUCUUCGACAUUCCAGUUGAUAACCUGUAUGCUGAACCGGCUGUUCUGAAAUGGAUCAAAGAGAACAUCGAGAACUGGAGAGAAUGUGUUAUUGUAUCCCCUGAUGCCGGUGGAGCUAAACGUGUUGUUUCUAUUGCUGACCGUCUUAAUGUCAACUUUGCCCUCAUCCACAAAGAGCGAGCAGUUGCUAACGAAGUACAGAGAAUGACAUUAGUAGGUGACGUGGAUAACAGAAUAGCCAUCAUUGUGGACGACCUGGCUGACACGUGCGGGACUGUGGUUAAAGCCGCUGAGAAACUGAAAGAGGCUGGAGCCAAAGCGGUGUUUGCUGUAAUGACGCAUGGUGUAUUUAGCGGACCGGCUCUAGAAAGGGUGAUGGGCAGUUGUAUCGAGGCUAUCGUGGUCAGCAACACAAUCCCACAACACGAGAAAAUCGCGAGGUGUCCCAAAAUACAGGUAAUCGACGUCAGCUCGAUCAUUGGGGAGGCAAUUCGACGGACACACAACGGCGAAAGUAUUAGCUAUCUUCUUCAAAAUAUCCCGCUUUAAUUGUCUUGAAUUGUUAAUAUUUCAACCACCUGUGUCCUUUAAACUUUAUUAUCUCAAACUCUCUCGAAGAAAAAUGAGAGCAAAGCGACUGAAAUUGAAGUUAGUUUAUGCAUAAAUUAAUUUAUAAUUAUGAUGCGUUGAUAAAAGAUUGAAGUUUUUCCGCAGCCUUUUACUUAUUGCAUAUGUAAUGAAACUUCAAAAGUUGCAUUGGCAGCCUUGUCUGACGAAUUUAAAUAAUGUAAAGAAUGAAAAGAGUGCAAGUUUCUCUAAGAUAUUACCAUGUUAAGAUGCUUCAGAAUAUAGGCUGAAACUUGCUUACAUGUCUGAAUUGGCGAACUCCAAAUCUUCUUGAAAAUCAUACCAAAAAUUAUAGCUCAUAUUAUUUUUAUUUUUUGACCUACAGAAUGAUUACAACAAGUAAACUAUUCAACUUAUUGGGAAAAAUUUGAAACGGACUUUGCAGAAGUUAUAUCCUUGCAAUUUAAUGAAUGACUAACCAAGAAGAUUUCAAAAAAGCUAAUUGAAAUGUGUGCCAUUUUAAUGUAAAGAAAAUAAUACCAGGCUACUUAUUAUUUCUUAAAAGGGGCUGUUCUUGCACUUUAAUAGAAAAGCUCUCUGCACCGUACACGCGGUGUGUAAAGAAACUUCAGAAUUUAAACUAGAUUUUGAGAGCCGAUGAGAUCAGCUGUUUUAGGCUGUUACAUACAUCACAGCAUGAGCAGUGUGUUUAUGUAGUGGAUUAUGGUGUAACGUCAAUAUUCCGCGCAUAUAACUUGUUUUUUGUUAUAAAUUCGGACUCCGUUAGACCUGUACUACACACAGUUAGUUGGAUGCUAGAUUAAGGUUGAAAACCACGUGACCGACUUAAGACCGUGGUCAGGCUAUAGCUAUAGUAGAGGUAGCAUAGAAGAAAUCAAUUUGCCGAGCUUAUAAACGUAUGACAGACACUAAAGGCUUGAAUGUCAUGACGAUGCGGUGCAGUUAAAAUUCCAUUUCAUGCGGAAUUUUAUGCAAAACAGCUUAAUACUGAUAGAGAUUAGAGGCCCAUUUAAUAGAGGUCUGACUGUACUUUUUAGCCGUCCUGAAAGUAUUUUUUAGAAUUCCAGUAACUCUGGAAAUUAUGAGCAGUUUAAUAAAAUAUUGAAAAAAUUAAACAUCGAAAUUUUAAUCCGGUUAUUCGCACUCAUAUUUGACGUUGCACCUCGUUAUGGACUAUGGGCUUAUUUUUGUUUGCAUGUCUUUCAAAUAACAAUGUAAAUUCUUGUGAGCAAACCACGUUCAAAACUUUUGGCUUCCAGCACAGCGUGUGGUCAUAUUAAUUUAUUGCACUGAUAAGUUAUUAACUUAUGUUUAUUACUCCGUAUGUAACUAAAAUCUUAAUAAUGAUGAUGAAGCGCUGAUCGUUAAUUUAUUGGGAGUUCGAAAAGCGACAUGGUUGAUACUUACAGUAUUAUUUUAAUUUUUACUAAGUA